AUGACUCAACUGCUUAGCGACAGUUCGGCUCAGUCGGGCGUGAAGGUCGCAUCGAAAACAGAUUCGAGGGCCAAGUCGAAGGUAAGGUCGAAGGCCAAGAGGAACGCGAGGAAAAGGGGCAAAUCAGUCUCUGCGUCCAGCGAGCGUCUUAUCCCCAUGGAGCUUCUGGAGGAGAUUUGUGAGCACUUGGCCGACGACAAGGCUUUCGGGACUCUGGCGGCUGUCCUCCAGACUGGGUCGCUGGCCUAUGAUGUGGCGGCGUGCGUGCUGUACCGGGAGGUCACUAUCGACGACAAUUUCCCCGCCUUCCUGGCUGGUCUCGAACACGCCUCGGGGACCAAGCAGCAACUUCUGCGCAACGUACGGCAGGCGACGGUCGGCAUAGUGUCGGACAACGAUGUUUUGCGCGACUGCAUCGAGCGCAAGCACUUCGCUCCCGGGAUGGGCUUAGAUGCGCCACUGUUCUCGUCCUUGGACAGUCUGCACAUUUCAGCUUCCUCUUUCCUCAACAUGUCGGCCGGGGGCGAUCAUCCGAUACGCUUGGAAGACGUGAGGGCUUUGGGCUCAGCGGCGUCGCACUUCGAGCUCCGGCCCGGGCUCAACAGAGAAGAGCUGAGGAUGGUGAGGGAGCUUCAGGAGCGGCGGGGAAGGAGGGUCCACGUGCUCUUGAGUGCGCCGCGCGGCAUUGAUGCGCUCAUGAAGCUCCUGCGGCCGAAGAAUGUGACGCUGCACGGGUUCCACUUCUACUCGGACGAGAGCGAGGCCGAGCCCAACUGUCCUCUAGCCAUCGACCCGAUGGCUUGGCCGUCGCCCGAGGAGAAGUAG